AUGGCAAUCCGGUAUCUGGCCGUUGGCCUUAAUAAAGGCCACCCCGUGACCAAGAAUGUGAGCAAGCCAAGGCAGAACAGAAGAAGAGGGCGCCUAACCAAACAUACCAAGUUUGUCCGAGACAUGAUCCGUGAGGUGUGUGGCUUUGCCCCUUACGAAAGGCGUGCAAUGGAGUUGCUGAAAGUGUCCAAGGAUAAGCGAGCACUCAAGUUCAUCAAGAAGAGGGUUGGAACCCACAUUCGUGCAAAGAGGAAGAGAGAAGAACUGAGCAACAUCCUAGCAGCCAUGAGAAAGGCAGCUGCCAAGAAAGACUAAUUUCAUAUGUUACUUGAAAAAAAAUAAAAUUAUAGAAAACCUGUUGAAAGUU